UGACUCGCUGAUUUACGAACUUAACAUUUUGUGCAUGUCCAAUCCAAUAUGUGUACUUAGUGUAAUCAUAUGAGUAAAAGUAAUUCCCGAGAAGAAAGUAGUGAAAGUGCAAAUUUUAGAUAUAUUCUUCAGAUAAAGUAUAUAUUAGAAGCAAUAAGAUUAAGCCACAUAAGAAGCAAGUAGCUACAUCGUUUGGUCAACGAAUCAAGGUAUUCAAAAACCGGAUAUGUAAACUCCCUACCGAUUAUAUAACAAACUGUGAAAAUCAUUUAACAUCAUCAGUUGCACCUGGAACAAUUGUAAAUUUUGGAAAGAACAACUUUUAAAGUCGAAGAACCUGGUUAACCGUCAUCGCACGUGAUAGCACGUUUUUUAAGCAGAAAGUGUGAAUUAGAAGACUUCGUUUUGUGACUGCAAGUGAAAUAUCGGGCCCUCCAUUCUAGCGAGAUAAUCGAGUCGCUGUCCUUCACGCACAUACGCAACCACCGAGCUUUGGUGAUAAUUACACCUUUAACACCUUUACUUUCGGGUUUAUCAUCUCUCUCUCUGGAUAAGUGUGUCUUCUUAAAAUAGCCAAGUGAAACAUCUCAACGGACACCCGGCAGCGAUUUUCUAUGCGAUAGAACCACGAAUGGCGGUGUCUUUGCUGGCAAACUUAUGUAACAGUGGAUUCGAGCAGCUCUGCCAGACACCCGAGCCGUUGAAAUUCUACUAUCACACCAGUGAGCAGCAUUUACAGGCCGGCAUUGAGUCUGACCCAACGGAGGAAGAACAACAAAUGGAAUACUCUACGUCUUUCUACAACAGUCAGCAGCAGCAACAACAGCAGCAGCAACAACAACAACAGCAGCAGUCAACUCAGCAAUCCAAUCAUCCGCAGAACCAGCAAGAUUUUGAAGAGAUUUCCCAGAACUACAAUCUAGAGAGUGACGACACAUACAGUGGUUCCCCGAACAAUUUCCAGGACUAUCGCAAUAACUUCGUUGAUUCGCCUCCCGAUUCCAAGGAAGCUUGGCCCGCUGAGUAUAGCAAGAUGCAAUCAGAGCUCGUUGCCGCUAGCAAUGGCUCGAACACGAAUCCAACGACCACAACAACCGUAGCGGCAGUGGCGGCAGCAGCAGCAGCGGCGGCCGCAGCCGUUGCAUCCGUCCAGCAGCAGCAGCAGCAGGAGGGCGCUCCAUUUACUGUCAUACCGACGCGCAAGCGACGCAUUGAGUGGGCCACGGCACAACAGGAGGAGGAAACCGACGGUUCCGAGCCAAAGAUUGCAGCAACGGAGAAGGACCGUGAAGUUCGACGUAAAGGUGCAAUUCGAUGGCCCGAAGAAUUAGAUCUUGAUUUGAGCAAUGAAUUGUCGAAUAAUGGAUACAUGAGCGAUUCAUUACUGAACUUUCCAGUUUUUAAGCAAGAACUACCAUCACCACCGCAGAAGAUUGUUCAUGAAGUAAUCAAAAGCACGAAAAACAUAGACGCGUCAGGCUCGAUUAAUCAGCAACAUCAUCAUCAUCACCAUCACCAGCAGUUACAGAACCAAGAUCAACAUCAUCAUCCGCAGCAGCCGCAGCAGCAGCAACAACAACAACAGCAACAGCAGCAGCAACAACAACAACAACAACAGCAGCCGCAGCAGCAGCAGCCUCAACAACAACAUCAACAGCAUCAUAGCCAAGCUAGCUCACAGCAAAAUAUAGGUAACACUGGUAGUACCAAUGGAACCCAACAGCAGUCCUCUGUCGUUAAUGAGCAGUCGCUUGUGGGGGGAGUUGCCACUGGGGGACAUGUUUCCAUGAGCACUAUCGGUGGAUUGCAAAACUUUAUGCACAGUAACCGUUUUGAUAGCGCAGAUAAUCUCAACAAACAAGGCGACAGCACGCAGCGUCCCGAGCAGACCCGCGAUGAUAAUAGAUUCCAAUACGUACUGGGAGCAGCAACAUCUAUUGCUACAAAGAACAAUGAAGAAUCUCUUACCUAUCUAAACCAAGGUCAGAGCUAUGAGAUCAAAUUGAAAAAGUUGGGCGAUCUGUCGCCCUUCCGAGGGAAAAUACUAAAGAGUAUUAUAAAAAUUUGUUUCCACGAACGACGUCUGCAAUACAUGGAGCGUGAACAAAUGCAGCUCUGGCAAACGUCCCGGCCAGGGGAAAGGAUUUUAGACGUUGAUAUUCCACUUUCCUACGGAUUGAUUCAGGUGCAACCGAAUAGUAGCAGUCUGUUAAACACGAUGGAGAUUUACUGGGAUCCCAUGAAGGAAGUCGGAGUGUACGUUAAAGUAAAUUGCAUUUCGACCGAAUUUACGCCCAAGAAACAUGGUGGCGAGAAGGGAGUUCCAUUCCGGAUUCAGGUCGAAACAUAUUUGGAUAGUGCAUUGAACAACACUGGUACCGGCACUAAUGGAUUGGACAGUCCGGUCAAGCCAUUGCAUGCGGCAGCGUGUCAAAUCAAGGUUUUCAAGUUAAAGGGAGCCGAUCGCAAGCACAAACAGGAUCGCGAAAAGAUCCUUAAACGACCGCCUGCAGAGCAGGAUAAGUAUCAGCGAAGCUGUGAAUGUACAUUUUUGUCGGAUAUUACAACAGAAGCCAUGUUUACACCACUUGUUGGCAGUUACAGUCCUGAGCACAUUAAACGAAAUAUUUCACCGCUACUGGCCGCUCCGGUCUCACCGGUGCCGAUUAACAAGCUAGAGAAUAUUAUGUCGUCGUUCUGCAGUGGGGCAGCAACCCCAACUAGCAAGACGGCAGUAAUGGCCGCCGCCGUUGCUGCCGCUGUCAGCAGCAAUCCGAUUGCCAUUAGCAACGUUUCUUCGACCAACAGCAUCUGCAAAUUGAUGGAUCAAAACGUACUUUCACCACCGCAGGCCAGCGUCGAGAUGGACGACUACGUACCGAACAUCACAAAGGAUUCGAGCCCAUCGCUAUUGAGUCAAUGGCUGAGCUACCAUCGUCUUAGUGCGUACGCAAAGACAUUUGCGCAGUUUUCUGGGUCCGAUUUGCUCAGAAUGUCCAAAGACGAUCUUUGCAAGAUUUGUGGAUUAGCUGAUGGAAUACGUAUGUUCAACAUACUUCAUUCGAAAGCAAUCACGCCUCGUCUGACCAUUUACGUGUGCCUCGAGAGCAACAUGUACCACGCCAUAUACCUUCAUGCCAACACGUUGACGGAGUUGAUUUGCGCCCUGCAAAAGAUUCCCGGUUUUAUGGAAACCGUUCACGGUGGUGCCAGCUCGUCGGAUAUUAGCAAUAUGUGGUCAGGUAACUAUAAACGUACGAUGAAGAGCAGCAACAAGUAUUCCAACGUUAGCACCAGCGACGCGCAUACCUCGGUACCUUCCCCAUCGUCCCCGAUUUCAUCGUCAAUGGUUGUUCCGCCGCGGAUCAACCUGUUCGUGAAUGGUCCGAACGGAAUACAUGUUUUGAUGACAGAGGAUGUACUAAGCAACAUAAAGGACGAUAGUUUGUUCCAGCUCGAGAUCAAAUCGAAUGGAAACGUACUCAUGAAAUCAGUUAUCGCUUCCGGAAAUGGAUCCGGUUGUGGAGAAAAUGAUAUGAACUAACCUUUUUUCGCUAUACUUCUGUUGUGCAGAAGCUAUGUAACAAUCGUCCUACCAUCCGUUCUCUCUUGCAAAUGGUUAACUUGUUGUUUUGAAAUAUUUUUUUAAUAGAUCGUAAUGCUUAUUGCUGGAUUAACAUUUUAAAUAAAUAAAACUACUAAUUCACUGUUUUAAAUAAUUCAAUGUUCCGCCAAUUUCUCCUGCUCCAAGGUGACUUGUUAUUGAUAAUAUUAUGCAGAUGUUACGCAUUGAAAAUCUGACAGCCUGAAAACUUGUGCUUCUCUUAGUGUAUAUGAAAGCAGACCGUACUAUUUUUUAACUUCCAGAAAAUUUCUAUAUUGUAUAGAGUGUCAGAAUUACAAUAUUGUUCAGAUUAGCAAUGUGAAAAAGUUAUGAUUUUUUGUCGGUUUUGUCAUGAUUCAUAAUAUUUUAUCGAUUUGCAUUUAAGCCCAUAUUUCUAUAGAUGAUAAGAAACAUCUACAAUAACAGACAAUGCAGUAAUGUGGUAGAUUAUACGAACUUUAGUGGGUGUGUUAGGAGAUUUUAAAUUUAAAAAAUAUAACAAUCUAUGCAAGAUGAGAACGUUGAACGAUAUACAUAAUGAAAAAUGAAAGAACAAUGUAGCUAAGAGAUUUCGUACAAGUACAAAAAUAGGACAUUCAACGUCGAACACAAUUAGAUUACAAAUGCAUUGAUUUUUCGCAAACUUUUGUUGCUGCGUAAAUGUGCCUUAUUGUCGAAGCUGUGAAUACAGUACUAUAAUCAUCACAAGAGUCAAUCCGCGUUUGAAAAUUGAAACAAAAAAAACCUAAACCUCAUAUAGUUCGUAGAUAAAAUUAGCAUGCGGUUAUAUCUAGAAUGAGCUUAGUUCUGCAGCUGGACCAACUUAUGUGGCUAUAUGGUAUUUUUAUAAUGAAACAUAUGUUUUGUAAACAGGAAAAUAUAUCACUUCAUAUUCAAAAAUAAAACAUGAAA